CUUGUUAGACGCUUGUCAAUGACAAACAGUGAAGUAGUAAGUGAAGAAGAAGAAAAAAAGAAGGUGAUAGCUUAAACAACCUGUGUAACAAACUUAAUUCGCAUUUCUAAACAGGCCAAAUUAAAAGGUUAAUUUCUUGCUGUUUUGCUUGAUUGUUCGACAUGCUGCCCCUUUCUCUACUUAGAACUGCUCAAAAUCAUCCUAUGUUGGUAGAAUUGAAAAAUGGCGAAACAUACAAUGGACAUCUAGUGAGCUGUGACAAUUGGAUGAACAUCAACCUUAGAGAAGUAAUCUGCACCUCCAGAGAUGGUGACAAGUUUUGGAGAAUGCCAGAAUGUUACAUUCGAGGCAGCACAAUAAAAUAUUUACGAAUACCUGAUGAAGUUAUUGAUAUGGUUAAAGAAGAGACUGUUACUAAGAAUAAGCAAUCUCGCGAUCAAAAAGGAGGUCGUGGUGGUCAAAAUCAAAGGAACAGACCUGCAGCUAGAGGUAACUUUGGGGGUCGCGCUAACAAACCUGGAGGACAACAAAAAUUGUUUCAAAAAAAUAAACCGACAAAAUUGGCAUAGCUAACAUAAGUAUAUUACUAUUGUUAAUUCUUAGUAUGAGGUAAUUUAAAUUUAAUAAUAAUUAUUAAAUAGAAUCGUAUUUCCUUUAAA